GUGGAUUUGGCUGGGUUUAUAGAAGUCGGUUGGGACACCGGGGUCGUGUCAAUUCAAUGGGCAAGCACAGUGAAUCCGUGAGUGACAAGGCUUACCAAUCUAUCGCCGAAGAGAUCUCUUUCCACGCAGUCCAGUAUGGCAUACAAUACCGGUUCGCAGAAUCCCGGCUUAGACUGGAAGUUCAAUUGCAUGCCGGUCCUUGACAUCAACCAGGCUACCGCGAAGGUCAAGCAGAAUGAGGCGAGUUACACGUUCCAGUCCGGGGAGGUUGGUAGAGUGUCCCGCAUCGACACCAACCAGGUCCCUAGCAACAACCCCAUCGAGGACUACAUGGCCUCGGGCAAGAUUGACUUGGGGAAAGGUGGUAUCUGGCACUGCUGGGCGGUAUAUGAUGGUCAUGGGGGACAACACACUGCCAUCGUCCUCUCCCAUGCGUUGAUCCCGUACGUUGAACGUGCUCUGCGAACCCACUUCGAGUCAGCAACACCCCAAACCUCCAUCGAAGACAGCAUUAUCUCCGCUUUCAAGACACUCGCUGAGGAAAUCUCCGCCGACGGCCUGGCAGCCCUGGAGAGCGCACAAAGCCACGCUGAAGUUCAAGCUCGCCUUGCCCCUAACUACGCUGGCUCUUGUGCCCUGCUCGCGCUGUACUAUCCGUCUGAGUCUAUGCUCUACGUCGCAAACACCGGAGACUCACGCGCUGUUCUCGGUAGCCCAGCGGAAUCCGGCUACGAGACUGUCGCUCUGUCAAAUGAUCACACAGCCACCAACGAAGAAGAGGUGGAGCGGGUCAAGGGACUCCACCCCGACCAGGAUGACCUGAUCACGAAGCGCGACGGUGACUGUGCCCGUUACGUUGGGAUUGCUGUGACUCGAGCUUUUGGAGAUGCCCGAUGGAACUGGCCCAAAGAGGCGAUGACCAAGUGGGAGAAGGAGUACUCAGGCAAACCUGCGUCAGCGAGUAUCAAGAACCCGCCGUAUCUUGACCCCACACCAGAGGUGAAGAGCUACAAGCUCAAGGGUGGUGAGUUCUUGAUUCUGGCAUCCGAUGGUCUUUGGAACCAUUUGUCCAGCGAGGACGCCGUGGAGGCUGUCAGCAAGUGGAUGACGGCUACCAAGGAGGGUACGCUAGCGGAAGUUGGUUCUGGUACACCCGUCGCAUUUGGUGGAAUCUCCUUCUGGGAAUUCUGGAAGGUCAAGCCAGACUGGUUUGUUUAUGAGGAUGACAAUGCUGCUACCCAUCUCGUGAAGAAUGCGUUCGGUGGUCUGCAACGGCAGCUCUUCACGGGGGUUUUAACGGUGGAUACUCCGGUCAGCAGGACGAUGAGGGAUGAUGUGACUGUCCAGGUUGUGUUUUUU